UUCGGAUUUUGGUUUUCGCGAACAAGUAAAUAACAACUAAAAACUAAAAAAUAAUUAAUAAUAAUAACAACAGUUGUUCAUCACUUUAACAGUUGAACAUUAUUUACCAUAUUCAAUCUUUUUUUUUUUAUGAAAACACCGUCAACAUUUCUACUAAUGAGUGAUGAUAUUUUGGCGAUUUUGUUUCAAUAUUUGCGCAGGCAGUUUAUUUUAUUUUAGUUGAAUCCAUAAAAUCAACCUCAGCGUAACACGUCUACUCUACAUUUUACUCAUCUACUGCACGUCCAGUUAACGUAAAAUAAUCUCGAAGAAAAUGUUUGAAAUGUCCUUAGGCAGAUUAUUAUUGGUGAUUCUUGUAGCCGCGUCGCUGGGCGCAUUUUUGUAUCUGGACACUGUGUUUUAUCAUUGGGACCGAGUAUUGCCCCAGCCCGAAGAAAUGGUUGUUGAAACAGUGCCAGAAUCUUCAAAAAAUGCUACGACUUUCAAUAAGCCUAAAGAGUUUGUGCCAACAAACGAAUGGCAAAUAAUCAAUGAAGAUCAACUUAUUCCUCCCGGACUUCAUAUACAAAUUGAUCUUCAGACUGGUGAGAAAAAAGUUAAAUUAAUGGAGGAUAAUAAUAAAAACAAUACAAAUAGUUUGGCCAUUACAGACUCUAGUAAACCAAAGAAUAUUGAAGAUACAAAGAGGAGUCUACCAGAUAAUUCACACAAAUUUAAAUCAUAUGAACAGCUUAAAGACGAUCUUAAAGAUUUAAAUAUGACUGUAAAAAGUGAUAUGGAUAUCAUGGAUGAACUUUCUAAAAAAUUUCAGGAACAACUAAAAUUAUAUGAAGAUAGUGACAAAAAUCUUCAGAAUAUUUUAACUGAUCUUGAAUAUCUCUUACAUCAAGUUGAUACAGCAGAGGUUUUUGUAAAAAAUAAAGGGAUACAAUUAAUUAUAAUUCCUUGUAUUAAUAGUAAUUCUAGUUUAAUGAAAGCACAAGGAGCAAUGCUCCUUGGUUCUGCUGCUUCUAAUAAUCAAAAAGUUCAAAUUGCCUCUUUAGAAAGCAAUGUUAUACCACUUUUAUUAAAAUAUAUUGAUGAUGAAUAUAUGUUUUCUGUUCAAAAAAAUUGUAUCUUUGCUUUAUCAUCGAUUACUAGACGAUUUCCCUUAGCGCAAAAACAAUUAAUAGAUAAUAAUGGUAUUCAAACUUUCAUGUCUGUAUUUAAAAGGACUACAACUGAAUUAAAUACUAAACUUAAGUUAAAAGUUACUCAACUUUUAGAAGACUUAACUAUAGAAAUUGAAGAUGCUAAACUAACAUUCGAAGAAGAAACUAAUAAGAAGUUAAGCACUGAGGCUGCCGAAAGAGUUCGUCAGUAUGAUGAUUUGCACUUGAAAGAUAUACUUGUUGAAAACGGGUGGUGCAACAUUUUGGGCAAUGAGUUUAUUAUACUCUCUAACCAAAUACCACUUGAUGAAGAAAACCAUGAUAUGGUUGAAGCGUCUGGAAAAUCUUUGUUAGCAAUGCAAAAAUCAUGCAAAGUUAAAUUACAAGGGAAUAAGGAAUUAUAUCAAUCAUUUUACACAUUACAAACUCAUUACAAGCAAUUACUCCAAAAAGAUGUAUUUUUUGAUGAGUUAUAUCAAUUAACGACCGAGUUGACAAACACUUAUGACCCUGUAUUAGAAUAGUAUUAUGUCUAGUUUAGCUUAAAAAUUGAUGAAACUGUGUGUAACUAAAAUCUAAUAUACAAAAUAUUUUUUUCUGUGAUAUAAUUUUUAUUUAGUUUUUAAUUUACUGAAAUUAUAUAUUUAUUUUGAGAAAAAGAUUAUAUGCUUAGUGUUUGUUAAUUAUUUGAAUAAUAAAAAUAUAUUUAAACAAAUGUAUUACUUAAA